GGACCGGGGGGGGGGGGGCAGCCGAGCCCGUGCUCCACUUUCCCCUCUCACACAGAUGCCGUAGCUGGGUCAGUGUCGCACGCUACGUCUGGCGAACAAGAGCCGCGGCGGGUACCGGAUCCGGACGGGCGUCUCUGCGCGGUGGACCGACAGGACAGGCAUGGGCCAGGGCGCGCGCAGCGUGACAUAGCCCCCCGCCUCAGCCCCUCGCCUCCAGCCUCCGCUCGGUUUGUCCUUCGCAACCCUUUUUCCGGGCGCUGUUGCGUCGCGCGCCCUCCACGCCGCUCGCGCACGGUCGCUGCCUCCGCUUGUUGCGCUGCUGCCGGUGCUGCGCAGGCGGCGGCGCCCCGUCGGACAUCACGAAUCGGCUCCCGCUGGCGAGGACUCCCUGUGGUGCAUUGAUGCACCCGUUUCAGUGGUGUAACGGGUGCUUCUGUGGUCUGGGACUGGUUUACUCCAACAAGUCGUGCACCAUGCCGCCCAUCACCUUCCAGGACCUGCCGCUGAACAUCUACAUGGUCAUCUUCGGGACAGGCAUCUUUGUCUUCAUCCUCAGCCUCAUUUUCUGCUGUUACUUCAUCAGCAAACUGCGACACCAGGCGCAGAGUGAGCGGUUUGGAUACAGAGAGGUAGUUUUAAAAGGAGACCCGAAGAAGUUGAACCUGCACGGGCAGACGUGCGCCGUGUGUCUGGAGGACUUCAAAGUGAAAGACGAGUUGGGAGUGUUGCCAUGCCAACAUGCUUUCCACAGGAAGUGUCUGGUGAAGUGGCUGGAGGUGCGCUGCGUCUGCCCAAUGUGCAACAAACCCAUAGCUGGCCCCCCUGAGCAGCACCACAGCAUAGGCACUCUGCUGGAUGAACUGGUGUAACGUCUAAGCACCCGCCAGCCUGGCCAGGACGCCGGCACCUGGCAAAACCUGCUAGUGCGAAGGGGGUGGGGGUGGGGGUGGGGGGCGGCACCGUUCUGCUGUUAGCACGCAGCAAAACACCAACAUGAUCAUGGUUAAAUCGAGGUAACCUAGUUACCACCUGCUGGAGAACUAACGAGGAUGCUGUUGCCUGGCAACCGUAUCCGACAUGGCAACACGACACCUUGUGGCGUCUGAGGGAUUAUCUCCAGCCACCCACACAUCACUCCACCACUCUUCUUUCAACACCCCCCCCCCCCCCCCCCCCCCCCCCCCCCUUUCCCCCCAUCUUCCUUAGUGAGGUCAAUGGCACCACUCGAGUGGAAGAGAAGCAGCUUUUCUCACAGCGACGUGCUGUGUGGGCGCCUCGGAUCCCCUCCGAGCGCUACGUGUCACCGGAGGCAUCGAUAGGAACACGUAUUAGUAGUGGUGAAGCUUACUGAAACUCCUGUGCCUCUAAAGCUCAUUCGGAGCAGAGAUUUGGGGGAAGUCCACGCACAAUUAGAUCCUCUCUUCUGAGCAUGGUCUGCAGUCGCAUCAGGACACAGUGACAGUACAGUAAACAAAGUAGAGCGGAGAGAGAAUGAGACAGUAGCAAAGGCAGAAAGCUUUGAUUAAAAGCACUUUUAAGUAACUUUUUUGAUGACACUUGGCCUUUCUUAUAUGUAGAUUGUAAAUUGGUAAAAAGGAGGAAAUAAGGAAGAUUCAUGUUCCGUCUGUAACCCAGAUACGUUUCUUGUAUCAGACUAAUCGGUCUCGCCAUCGUCUCGUCUUUCUCACAAACCAGCAGAUAGUCGCUCAGAUGUUUAACUGACACUGAUGUGUAAGAUCCAGGUUCGUGCCCACGUAAUAACAGCAUACUGUACCUGCCGCAGACGUUUUCCCACCGGGAUGUUUCAUUGUGUGUUUCUUUUUUUUAUGUGUCGUUAGAACUAUCAGCCACUUGCACCUGCACUGGAAGGACGUCUACUUCCUGUCACUGUACAAGUUUGGAUCUUUGUUGAAAUUCGUCGUUGCUUACGUUUGAAAUAACAGUGAUGCUGCUUUGCCCAGAGAUAAAAGGAGGAGCAGCGCAGACGCCCGACGUCUGAAUUCAUCCGGGCAACAGCUACGUCUCACACUCACUGUUUAUUGUCAGUGGUUCUGUUUGACAUUGACUGUGAUUUUUUAACGAGUCAGAAAGCGAAUCACUGCCUAAAUUGAGGACCGAAAUCGCAAAGCACAUAGUCCAGACCCAGCAGCCUUUGCACUAGAAUUAAAAGCCAAGAACACACACACACACACACACACACACACACACACACACACACACACACACGGCUGUUGAAAUCACACGUGCCAAGAACAUUUGAAUAACGUCUCUACGGUUGCGUUUUUAUCACACGAGAGUAAUGUUCACACAGAUUCUGGUCACAUUCCACAUUUUGUAAUUGAACAGGUGUAAAUGAGUCCAACAAAAUAAACACAGUUGUCUGUU